AUGGCAAAUUCAUAUCUGUCUCUUGAGGACGUGAGGGCGCACAACAGUCGCGAAAGCUGCUGGGUCGUCAUUGAAAAUCACGUCUGGAAUGUGACGGAUUUCCUUACUUCACACCCAGGGGCUAUUCUCAAGUAUGCAGGCCAAGAUGCGACUGAAAUCUACAACGAAAUCCACGCCCCAGGCAUGCUCGAGGAAACACUGCCGCAAGAUAAAUUCAUCGGAGACAUCCUCCCAUCGAGCGACAAUCCGCCCCAGGGCACCAUCGAAGAAGCCGCAGACGCCGAAUCGAAGCCUGAGCCCACAAAACCGCAUCUUCACUCGAUCAUUUCUGCCGCCGAUUUACAAGAAGUCGCCCGCCAUACAUUGACGCCCAAAGCAUGGGCAUUUUACUCGAGCGCUGCCACAGAUCUCGUCACACAUGGGAUGAACAAAGCGGUGACAAGGCGGAUCAUGUUCCGGCCGCGUAUCCUUCGCGACGUCAAAACUGUUUCCAUCAAGCGCAAGGUCUUGGGAUGCGAGUCGUCAGCACCAUUCUUCAUAUCACCCGCGGCUAUGGCGAGACUGGCCCAUCCAGACGGUGAGCUUGCCUUGGCCAAGGGUGCCGCAAAUGAAGAUAUCGUGCAAUGCAUCAGUAGCAACGCGAGCUAUCCUCUUGCUUCCAUUGUCAAGGCAGGGAAAGAAGGUCAGACGUUCUGGCUACAGCUAUACGUCAACUCCGAGCGAGAGAAGACCGAAGAGUUAUUGCCGAAAGCAGCUUUUCUUGGUAUCAAGGGCAUAUUCGUUACUGUUGAUGCUCCGGUCCCUGGUAAGCGCGAAGCAGAUGAGCGCAUCGCCGCCGAAAGUGUCGCGAGUGCUAUCUCCGGUGCGGUUGCAAGUAAUGACAAAAAAGGCGGUGGUAUGGGCCGGUUGAUGGCGGCAUAUGUAGAGAAGAGCCUGGUCUGGGAAGAUAUUGCGUGGAUCAAGCGAGUUUCAGGCUUACCAGUGGUUCUCAAAGGUGUGCAGAGCGCUGCAGACACGAUGAUGGCCGCGCAGUUCGGAGCGGAAGGCGUCUUCUUUAGCAAUCACGGUGGCCGAUCACUGGACGGGGCUCAACCGAGCAUUCUUGUAUUACUGGAACUUCAUCGCAUCUGUCCAGAUGUGUUCGAUAAACUCCAUAUCUACAUAGAUGGUGGCUUUGAACGCGGCUCGGAUAUUCUCAAGGCAAUUGCUCUAGGCGCGACUGCUGUCGGAGUAGGCCGCCCUUAUCUGUAUUCGUUGACGUAUGGUACGGAGGGCGUCGAACAUCUUACACAGAUUCUUAAAGACGAACUCGAGACAUCCAUGCGCUUGUGUGGUCUGACGGAUAUCAACCAAGCACAUCCCGGCCUGGUGAAUACACGGGAUAUCGAUCAUCUGGUUGCAUCAGGGUUGGAUGAGCAUCCGUACAUUCGAUGGAAACCGAAAGCGAUGCUGUAA